GUGCAGCGGAACUGAACCUUUGUGAAGUGUAGUCUGAUUUGAAAAAAAAAAAAAAAAUACAAAAAGAAAUUUUAAUUAUGAAUUUGAAAAUAAAGUGCGCUUUAAUUGCCAUUGGCUUUUUAACAUUUGCUUUUAAGGCUGAAGCCCGUGGUGGUGGCCGUGGAGGAAGGGGAGGAGGCAGCCAUGGUGGCAGCAGAGGUGGCCACUCGAGUAGCAGUCAUGGAAGUAGCUCUUUCAGUCAUGGUGGGGGCAGUAGCAGCAGCGGAUUUCAUAGUCUCUCCAGUGGAAGACAUGCAAUUAAUUCCAAUAAUUAUGGAAGUGGUUCCAAUUCGUAUAGACCAUAUGGUCAUGAAAGCAGUAGCGGUUAUGGUAGCAGUUUUGGUCAUACUGGGAGCUAUGGUUCACGCUCACAUGAUGACUCAUCGCUAUCGUCCUAUGGCAACAGGUGGAAACCAUUCGAACCCUCGUAUUUAAAUUCUUAUGGAAUGUGUCAUAACUAUGGAAAUCGAGAUUUUUCGAGAAAUUCGGAUCACGACGGUCUUCUAACGAGUUAUCGUGCAGGCAGCGUCAACAAACCGGAUUUAUCAGAUGAACUCUCGAAUCUCUUUACCUAUCGAAGACUGUUGCAUAAUACUCACAGUUCUGGUGAUAGCCAUCGAAACAGCUACCCAUGGGACACUACCACAACUGAAAGUUCCAUACCAACAAAUAAUUUCAAUUAUCCUCUUUAUGGUAAUAUGAAUUUAGAUGAAAUCCUAAAUUCAAUAACAAACAUAAACGGCGUGGCGUCUUCAAUUUUGGAAGAAUUGCCUAAAAUCCAGGAAGACACUGAACCCGAAACCAGAAUCGAAAUCGAAACCACAACUACAACCACUACAGAACAUGCCAUUGUUAACCAAAGAGAUCCAUUGGAAUUAUUGAAUAGCCUAAAUCCAUCAUAUCGACCAGAUGAAAGUAUUGAUGAGUUUUUGGAGAGAAUGCAGAAAAUUAAUUUCCGCGAAAUGUUAACAAAUGUGGCGGAGUCGACCAGAAAUGCAAUGCAAUGGUUAGAAACAGCAACACCCGACACCAAACCCGAAACCACAACUACUACCACUACAGAACGUGCCAUUGUUAACCAAAGAGAUCCGUUGGAAUUUUUGAAUAGCCUAAAUCCCUCGUAUCGACCAGAUGAAAGUAUGGAUGAAUUUUUGGAGAGAAUAUCGACAAUUAAUUUCGGUGAAAUGUUAACAAAAGUGGCGGACUCGACCCGAAAUGCCAUGCAAUCAAUAGAAACAACAACAGCCGAAGUGGAAAAAGCAAAUUCCAAAGUAGAAGCUACAACAGCCCUGGUCGGAACUACAACAACCGAAGACGUCUCUGCAAACACCCCAGAAUUGCCAGUUACCACAAUCCCGACCUCGGAUAUAUCUUCUGAAAUUUCAUUUGCAGAUUCUAUUACCAAAGAUGAGAAGUCAACGCUGGCCUUGGAUCUACCACCUGUUGUUACAGAAUCAUCUCUUCAAGAUGCCAAUCUGGAAAUUUCAACACCCUACGGUGUAAUCUGUUAUCCAAUUGUCUAUAACAAAAUUAAUGAAUUUGGAGUAAAUGUGACAAUUGAAAGCGUUGGAUGUUAUCCCGCUCCAGCACCCAUCGUAUUGGAGAAUGUUCAGCAAGAGUAAUUGAUGCGGAUGGUGAUUUACAGUAGGAUGAAUUUAGAAUUUGUUGAAUAUUGUAUAAAUUACGAUAAGGUAUUAAUAAAAGUUUAUUAUGAAACACGCACGCAA